AUGAAGACAAGGAUGAAGACGAAGCAGAUGUCAUCUACGGCGCAAUCUUCGAACCCAAGUCAGUCGCUUCCCGAUGAUUUGGUAUUGAUCAUCGUUGCACGCGUCUCAGUAAUGUACUAUCCGAUUCUCUCACUCGUCUCCAAGAGCUUUCGAUCUCUCCUGGCUUCGCCAGAGCUUUACAAGGUUAGGUCACUCUUGGGACACACCGAGAGUUGUCUCUAUGUUUGCUUAAAAACGAAACCUUAUAAGACCUAUACUUGGUUCACCCUCUGCCGAAAACCUGAUCAAACCCUAACCAGUAGUAAUGAGAGAAGAUCAGAUGGUCAUCAUGUUUUAGCUAGAGUUCCAAUGAACCAUUCCCCUGAUGUACGAUUUUCGAGUCUCGUGGCCGUUGGUUCUGAUAUCUAUAACAUUGGCGUACCCGAAGCAGCCAGGCUCAAACCGUACUGCACCCCCUCUUUCUCUUGCGUCUCCGUUCUAGAUUGCCAAACUCACACUUGGCGCGAGGCUCCAAGCUUGCCUGUGGAGCUAUACACAGUUGCUGCUGGCGUCCUUGAUGGAAAGAUAUAUGUAUUAGGAAAAACCCGUAAAUCCGCUUUCGGCAAACGAAAGAACUCGUUUCAGGUGUUGGACAUAAAAACACAAGUUUGGGAUUCUGCGGUCAUCCCUUUCAACAGGAUAAAUGGCAGUCAUUUCGACAAUACCGUCUGUAUUGACGGAAAGUUCAACGUGGUGACUUGCGGAGAGGUGGCUACUUACGAUCCCAAGGAGGGUAGAUGGGACCUUGGAUUCGAACCGAUAUGUAAACAGAUACUUUCAGAUUCUUAUUGCGAGAUAGAUAAUGUUUUGUACUGUGCUGCUGACGGAGGGCUUAGAUGGUAUGACUCGAAGGUAAGACAGUGGAGAGAUUUGAAGGGUUUGGUAGGACUAUCCAGGUUCAGUUCUGUUGAUCAGGUUAGAUUGGCUGAUUAUGGUGGAAAGAUGGCGGUUAUGUGGGGGCGGCGUUAA